ACUGUUCUUUGUACAUUCUGUUGCAGUUCCUGUUCCAUAUGUAUUUCGAAGAGAUAUUUAGUCAUUAAGAGAGUAGCACUAUGGAGCUGGCAUAAUCAAUACGUUAUUGAUUUCUGAGUUCUGCUUUAAUAAGCAGGUUAUCUGAUAUAUUUAAUAAUGAAAUUCGAAUCAAUUUUUAAUUCUAUCAGUUUUAAAGAACCAAAAGCUAUAUAAAUGAUUCUUUACUGAUAUGAUAAAUGGUUAAUCAAAUAUUUUAAAUUUAGAGUUAAUAGUAAUCAUACCAAUUACAUGAAUUUUUCAUGUGAUGGUACAAGUAAAGUUACUCACUAUGCAUAAAGGUCAUGCAUGCACCAUUAACUUCGACGUACAUGGACCGGUACAAGCAGAGACGUAUUUUGACUAACAGUUAACUCCAUAGAUAUCAUUUAAGCAAACAAACGAACAAACAACAAAUAGAAGUAGAUUCCAUGCAAGAGGAUAUAAUGCGGUGCUUCUGGUUCCCUGUUUUUAUUAUUGCUACCUUACGUGGAGUAUCUGCUAGGGAAAUAAGCUCUGGAGAAUCAACAACUGAAAACAGUGAAUUCAUCCUUGAUCGCUCUUCAGAUCCUCGAGAUCACACUGCCACAGGGGAUGUCCAAGAGAUUAAUGAAAAGACAAAACCUGGAUCCGAUGAUGAAAGAAUGAACCGGCUCUUUGAUCCUGAAAUGCACUUGGCCGACCAGUUGUUCGAAGGAUGUUUAAUGCUAGACAAACGAGAUAAAGAAAUUUUAUCUCAUCCAAGCGAUACAAGGAAGGAAGAUAAGAAGACACAUAUAUCAUAUACAGAUAAAAUGUGGCCAAGGGGCGAUAUACCAUAUGAAAUAACAUUCACUGGAAUAAAGGCUGGGAAUAAAGAAAAAUUUGAAAAAAUUGUGGAACUUGCCAUCAAAACCAUACAGUCGAAAACAUGUAUUAGAUUUCGCAGAAAAUUUCAAUCGGAUCAUAACUGGAUAGAAUUUUUUGAUGGAUCUGGUUGCUUUUCAGAGCUUGGCAGGAAAUAUUGGGAUAAGCUACCAACUUGGAUAUCACUGGGGGAGAAAUGUUGGAAGGUCGAUAUUGCUCUUCACAUGCUGCUCCAUGCUUUGGGUUUCCUUCACGAGCAAAAUCGGCAAGAUAGGAACGAAUACGUUAGAGUGAACUGGAACAACGUCAGAGAUGGGACGUCUAACGUGUUUCAUCGCCAUACUCUUUACAAUACCGACAUGUACCACUUCCAGUACGAUUUCAACUCAAUCAUGCACUUCCCAAGGACAGCUUAUGGUAAAGGAUCAAGAAUCACGCUACAGGCACGGCACAACCCUAAUAAAGUUCUUGGUGGAACUGAUCUAAGUCAACUGGAUAUUGAAAAACUCAAUAGAAUGUUCUGUAACGACAAACCAACUACUGAGGAGCCAGUUGUCAUGCCGGGUGCUUCUAAAUGGACAGAAUGGUCUGCCUGUUCCAGAACAUGUGGUCUUGGACAGCGAUUUCGCCAGGAAGUCUGUAUAUGGGAAGACUGCAAACAAAGAAAUCUUCAAAUGAAGAUCUGCAGAACCGAAAAGUGUAUUAAGUCUCCAUAUGAUGCAAACUUUGACAAAAAUUCAGGAAUGUGGGAAGUCAAACCACAAAAGGCGACUUCAUGUGAGUGGGCUAGGACAGAGGCCAACGACACCUUGAAGGACCAUACAACAGGAAUAGGAUCAUUUCUCACAGUUGGUACCAAAAGCUGCAUAAAGGGCCAAGCUGCAUACCUUGUUAGCUCUUUUAUAAAGAAGAACGACUUUAAAAAAUGCUUGAACUUCUUUUAUUUGAUGAGUGGACGAGAUGUAGGAAGUUUGCAACUGCGUAUUGUAUAUGAAUCGGGACGCCAUAUGAUGCUUUGGGAAAGAACCACAGAUAUGGGAGAGGAGUGGAAACAAGGUGCAGCAACUCUGCCAAUAACAGACGAAAGAUACAAGUUGAAGUUUGCGUACCGCUUUGGAGGUUCAAAGAUCUCUAAAAUACUUGUUGAUGAUGUGUAUCUUGAUGAUGGCGAAUGCAUCGACGGAAUACAAAGAUGUACCAAUCUGCAUUUACAAUGCGAGAAUUGGGCAAAGAAUGGAGAAUGUUUCAAAAAUCCUGCAUACAUGUUAAGAAAGUGUUGCCAGGCGUGCUCAGAGGAACGCUGCGUGGACAAAAUAGGUCAAUGUGCGGCUCUUGUAAGAGAUGAUUUGGGUAUGUGCAGUGCUGAUCGCUGGGUAAAUUGCUGUAGGACAUGCCAAGAUUGUCUUGAUAAACACCCAAGAUGCAAAAUGUGGGCCAGAGGAGGCGAAUGUAGUAAAAAUCCAUCAUGGAUGCAAGAAAACUGCAAAGAUAGUUGUGGAGUCUGCGAAUAAAUCAAAAAUUGAUGUCGAAGAUGCAUUUUAAUUGUGUUUACUAUACAGGAACCUUAAACACGGAGUUUAAGUAACUUUUUAAGAUUGAAGCUCACGCCACAUCUUUCUGGGUGCAAGAGGACGAUAUUACCAGAGCUAGUAAAUCGAUUCUUGAUCAGCUUACUGACAGAAAAAAGGAAUAUCAUUGCAGAAAACGUCGAAAUUUAACCAGAACUUUAAAGAUUUGAAUAUUAGGUGCUUCAACGAUCUAACAGCAUGGAAACGCAGAAUGCAGACAUGCGGUGUGAGCGACAUCUCGGGUAGAGAAAGACGUCAUUUCAUGAAAGAAUUUUAUAAUAGUCUAAUAAUCUUGUAGUUAAUAAGCAAGCAGUGACUAACAGCUAUCAUACUAGGUUGAUCUAUUGUCUGAAACACCUGAUUUAUACUUUGAUAUUAAGCCAACGUACCUUUAAAUAUGUUAAGUGUUUUCAUUUUAGAGGAGCUAAGUAGGUCUAGUAAAAUAGCAUGCAUUACAUAAAAUAGUUAACAGCAAUUAAACGCAUAGAAAAGUUGACUUGUUAUAUAUGAAACUAGCUUAAAUCAUUCAAAUCAAUAAUCAUUUUUAAAUUGUCUUAGCGAUCAUAGCACUAUGAAAAUAGCUUUUCUUAAAGAGAUUUCAGACGAAUGUUAAACCCAGUUGAUGUUCAAAACUUCUUGUAAUAA